CACAAUUGAGUUAAACCGACGUCAAAAAGCUAAAGUCAACGAUUAAUAAACGACAUUCAUUUUAGAUCUCUCGGUCCUAACGAAUAUUGUUAAAAGAAAAAAACCAAAUAAAAGAGGAAAUAAAAACAAAAAUGGAACCAAAACUGACAGGAGAUGAAAUAGUGAUAUCCGGUAUAGCUGGAAAAUUUCCAAAUAGUGAGAAUGUUAAAGAAUUGCAAAACAAUCUUUUAAAUAAAACGGAUUGCGUUACUAGCAGUAAAGCUCGUUGGGAUUUCGAACAUCCUAAUGUGCCACCGCGAAUUGGAAUUAUGAAAAAUAUUGACACAUUUGAUCGUGUAUUUUUUGGAGUUCAUGGAAAAUUGUCCGACUGUAUGGAUCCAAUGGUGAGAAUGAUUUUGGAAACAACAUAUGAAGCAAUCACAGAUGCUGGUAUUAAUCCAAGAAAAUUAAGAGGAAGUAAAACUGCUGUUUUCACUGGAAGCGCUUUUUCAGAAUCGGAAAAAACUUUCUUUUUUGAAAAAUUAGAGCAAAGUGGUUUCGGUUUAAUUGGUGCCAGUCGCGCUAUGUUGGCAAAUCGACUUUCAUUUUUUUUCGGUCUUACUGGACCAAGUAUUAACAUUGAUUCUAGCUGUUGUGGAGGUAUUACAGCAUUAGAGGAAGGAUUUAAAGCAAUUAAAGAAGGACGAGCCGAAAGUGCAGUUAUUGGUUCCAGUAAUGUUAUUUUACAUCCAAAUAUGUCUCUACAAUUAUUUUUAUUAGGACUUUUAUCUCCCGACGGCAUAACAAAACCUUUCGACAAUACAGCCGAUGGUUAUACUCGUAGUGAAGGUCUCGUUGUUCUUUUUCUUCAAAAGGCACGCGACGCUAAACGUAUUUAUGCAGAAGUAAAAAAUGCACGCAUGUGUUUUGGUGAUGUCAACAAUAAAAUGCAAUUUUUUUAUCCGACACAUGAUUUUCAAGCAAAAGUGAUGAGAAUGACAUUAAAAGAAUGUGGUCUUAAGGGAAAGGAUAUUUCAUUUAUAGAAGCCGACGGUUCAGGUAUUAAAGAAGUCGAUGCUGAAGAAGUAAGAGCAAUUGACGAAGUUUACAAUGAAGGACGAAAAUUACCCCUACCAAUUGGAUCAGUCAAAUCUAAUCUUGGCUCAUGUUCAGCCGUAAAUCCACUUAAUGGAAUUAUUAAGGUUAUCACUGCAAUGGAAUCGGGAUAUAUUCCACCAAAUAUUCAUUUAAAAAAAAUAUCUGACAAAAUCCCUGCUCUUAAAGAAGGUCGAUGUAAAGUUGUAACGGAAUUAACUCCCUGGACUGGAGAUUACGCGGUCGUCAAUAGUUUAGGAUUAACAGGAACAAGUGCUAAUAUUAUAUUAAAAGAUUACAAAAAAGAUAAGAAAAAUGGAGGAAAACCUGACGAUAAUCUUCCUCGACUAGUCAUUGGUUCUGGAUGCACUGAAGAAGCUGUUAAUGUCAUACUAAACGAUCUGGAAAGCAGACCAGUCGAUGUAGAAAUGCUACAACUUAUUUACGAUAUUUUUGAAACUGAAAUUCCAGCUCAUUUAUAUCGAGGUUACACUUUACUUCCUCCUCGUGGAUUAGCAAAGAAUAAAACACGUGAUAUUCAAUUUAACACGGGACUUAAGAGGGAAAUAUGGUAUAUGUUUUCUGGCAUGGGCUCUCAAUGGGUUGGUAUGGGAGAAUCUUUAAUGCAAAUACCAGUUUUCGCGGAAGCUAUUAAGAAAUGUGAUCGCGUUUUAAAACCUCGUGGUAUCGACAUUGUGCGCAUCAUUAGAGAAAAGGAUCCUAAAAUGUUUGAAAACAUUGUCAAUUCUUUUGUUGGAAUUGCUGCUAUUCAAAUUGGAUUAGUAGAUCUUUUAGACUCAAUUGGGUUAAAACCAGAUUUCCUAAUUGGUCAUUCAGUUGGAGAAUUAGGUUGUGCUUAUGCUGAUGGAUGUUUCACAGCGGAACAAAUGGUUCUAGCUGCAUUAUGCAGAGGUCUAGCAUCAGUGGAAACAGAAAUGCCAAAAGGUUCCAUGGCAGCAGUUGGUCUUGGCUAUGAAGAAAUUAAAAACCUUUGCCCACCCGAUAUUGAUGUAGCUUGUCAUAAUAGCGCUGACAGUUCAACUAUCAGUGGUCCUGCAGACUCUAUGAAAGCAUUCGUCGCACAUCUAACAACAAACAAAAUUUUUGCUAAAGAAGUGGCGUGUAGUAACAUUGCCUACCAUAGUCGUUACAUUGCUCCAGCAGGAGAAAAAUUAAGAAAAUAUCUACAAGAUGUUAUACCUAAUCCAAAAUCACGAAGUAAUCGCUGGGUAAGCACUUCAGUACCACGUGAUGAAUGGAAUUCCGCAAGGGCUCGACUAUCGUCUGCAGAAUAUCAUACAAACAAUCUUUUAAGUUCUGUUAGAUUUGCCGAAACUGCUAAAUGUAUACCAUCGAAUGCUGUUGUUAUUGAAAUAGCCCCACACGGUCUUCUACAGGCAAUUGUGAGAAAAUCAUUGCACGAAAAUGUCAUCAAUGUACCCUUAACUAAAAGAGGACAUCCAGAUAAUAUUUCAUUCCUCUUUGCUGCAUUAGGUAAAAUUUACAAUGCUGGCUACAAUAUCAAUGUGUCUAAUCUUUAUCCUAAAGUCAACUAUCCCGUAUCGCGAGGAACACCUUCAAUUUCAUCUUUAAUUCGAUGGGACCACUCAAUUAGCUGGUACACUAACUUUUUUAAACAACCGGAUGAAGUUAAGGAGGGAGAGAUGAAUUUCAUUAUCAAUUUAAAAGACGAGAAGUGGAAAUAUUUGGAACAUGCUAAGAUUGAAGACGAAGUGAUUAUUCCAACUUCUGUAUACUUGAAACUUGCCUGGGAUGUUUUAAAAUCAUUAAAAAAUGAUUCUGAAUUUUCAGUUGUUUACCAUAACGUAAAAAUUCAUAAGCAUCAAGUAAAAAUUCCAGAAGACGAAAGUAUUAUAUUAGUAGUAAUGGUUCAAAAAGGUACUGGUUUCUUUGAAAUAACAAACAAUGAAAUUUUAUUAUGUUCGGGAAUUUUACAAGCUACUGACGAUCCUAAUGAGGAAUGCAGUCUAGUUCCAAAAAAAGCAGAUAAAGAUUAUCAGGAUCUAAGUGAAAAUGAUAUUUACACUGAACUGCAAAUGCGAGGAUUACAAUACUCAGGUCCUUUUAGAAAAAUUCGUAAAUCAUCAGCAAAUGGAUGCAAUGGAAUUUUAGUUUGGAAAGAUGAUUGGACAACCUUUUUAGAAGGAAUGAUUCAAAUGCAUAUUCUUGGAAAUGACAUCAGAAAAACUCAAUUACCAAUUAAAAUCAGAAAAAUUAUAAUUAACAUAAAAUUGCAAGAAGAGGCGAUCAAUAAGUCAUGUGAAAUUCCUGUCACAGUGUACAAGGGUAUUGAAACAGUAAAUGCAGGUGGUGUGCAAAUGGAAGAAAUUGUUCUUAAAUCUAUUGUACAUGAAUCUUGGAAAUAUAACGUUAUCACAGAGAAACUUCAAAUCGCUCCUAUCACAGAUGGAGCACAAUCUAAUUUAUUCGAGAUCUUGAAAAUAACACUUCAAUUUCUGAAUGAAAAUGCCAAAAACUCAAAUUUAAUACGUAUCGUUAACGAUGGAACUAUCAAUGUGGAAAAUAUGCAACAAGUUUGGCAUAAAGUUCUUGAAGAUAGUCCAGAAAAUAAUAAAUUUAAAUUUGAUGUGAUACCAUCAUCUUCGUUAUUGAGCAAUAAAUCAAAAUCUAACGAUAUUGCACUUUUGGUGCUUUUUAAUGUUGUACAACACACUUCCCAAGGACUUUCAAAUCUUAUAUCAGAUGGAUGCUUUUUAAUGACAUUUACAGAACCAAAAAAUGAAAUCAGUGUUUUGAAAACGGCAGAUUUUGCAGGACUAGGACUCGUACUAAAAAAAUAUUCUUCGAAUAAUCAAAUUGCAUUACUAUUUAGACGAAAACAAUCAAUCAAUAAUACAAGUGUUUUAGACAUCAAUGACAAUCAAGAUUGGUCCAAUCAAAUUAGAACGAAACUCCAUUCAAAAGCUUGCAAACGUCUUAUAAUUGCAAUUAGAUCAAAACAAUGUACAUAUAAUUGUAAAAACAUUGAAGUACUUCAAAAAGAACGAAAUGGACAUAAAAUUCAAAUUGUCGAUAUUCAAGAUCCCAAAGUUUUAAAAUUCUCUUUAGAUGAUUCUUCGUAUAGCUCCCACAUGGAUCUCGAUUUAAAAAUAAAUAUUCUUUUACCAGGUAAAAUUUGGGGAACAUACAGGCAUUCGCCAACUACCUCGAAUAUCCGACAAUUGACUAACUGGAUAGCUAGACAGAUAAAUCAUUCCGAUAUGGAAUCAAUCUCCUGGGUCGAAGGGUUUCAUAAAAACGAUGCAAACACAAUCAAAGUUGAAUAUUCAGCAGUCAAUCAAGCUGAUAUUCUCUCAGCAAUUACUAAAACUGGAUCAGAAAACACUGGAAAAAAUAGACUAGAAAUGAAGUGCUUUGGCUACGAAUAUUCUGGAAUUAAUUCAAAAGGAAGUAAAGUUAUGGGAAUUGCUGCAAAUGGUGCAUUUUCAAAUUAUAUAACAGCUGACACUGAUUACACAUGGAAAAUACCUGACAAUUGGUCACUAGAAGAUGCUGCAACAGUACCUUUAGCAUAUGCAGUUGCAUACUUGGCUUUGGUGAUAAAGGGAGAUUUACAGAAAAACGAAUCAGUUUUUGUCUACGAUAGUGCCUCUUCCAUUGGUCAAGCAGCCGUUAAUCUAGCAUUAAAUAUUAAAACACAAGUAUUUGCUGGACACGAUAGUGAUAUCAACAAAAAAAAUCUAAUGAGCAACUUUAAAAAUAUUCCUGAGCAUCGUUUUGUGAGUGCAUCAGGAACUUUUGCUGAUCAAGUUUUAGCACAAACUGAAGGAAAAGGAGCUGAUCUUGUAAUAUAUAAUGGAGAUGAUUUAAGUAAAAUAGAGACCUGCCUGAUGUGUGUGAAAAAUAAAGGAAAAAUCAUUAUCAUCGGAAACUUACAACAAGCAUUUAGUAAAUCAGUAGGGAUGAAAAUUUUCUUAAGGGAAAUUGCUCUCUUCUCAGUAAUUCCAACGAAAGUAAAUAGCCUUGAUCUAGCAACUAAAAAAAAAUUAUCACGAUUGAUUGAAAAUGGAUUAACAGCGCAAAUUGUAAAACCAUUGCCUAGACGUAUCUACCCAAGGGAAAUGUUGAAAAACGCUUUUAUCGAUGGAGCAACAAAUAAUGUUUUCGGAAAAAUCCUAGUUAAAGUACAGCCAGAGGAUGGAAGUAAUAAAGCUCUGACAAUCUCUCGUUUUCUAUGUAAUAGACAAGGAUCUUAUUUGAUAAUUGAAGGAUUGAGUGACUUUGGUCUCGAAUUAGUUGACUUUUUAGUUGUCAGAGGUGCCAAAAAUAUUGUUAUAGCAUCCGAAUCAAAAAAUACAAGACCAUACAGUAAUCACAGAAUCAAUUUGUGGAGGGGAUAUGGAGUAUCAGUUGUAGUUCGCGAAGAAUUGGACCUUACCCAACAACAAAAUGGGAAUGCUCUUCUUGAAGAAGUCAAUACACUUGGUACAGUAGAUGGCAUUUUUGAUCUACAGCGUAUUGAACAUUCGUCAAAAAGGUCUUCCAGUUCAAAAUAUUUGUUUACCAAAUAUAUUUUUGAAGAAUCUAAGCAAAUGUGUCCUGAUUUACGACAUUUCGUUGUUUUUGCAACAUGUAAAAAUAGCAGGGAAAAUAUCGACGAUGUUUUGUUAAGAGAAAUCGAUUUGACAAAGAUUUGCCAAGAAAAAACAAAAGGAGCUACCGCGGGACUAUUGAUUCUUUUAGGACAAGUUUCUGGAAUUGCGGAAUGGACUACUAAAAACGAGACUAAUGUACCUUUAUUGUCUAUACCUAGUAUUAUUGAACAAAUGGAUAAUUUAAUAGGAUCAAACGCGUCGAUUGUAUCUGUUUGUCACAAAUCAUUAGAAACAAAAUCUGAUAAGGUUAAAAAAGAGUCAGACUCCGUUGAAGAAACGGCAAAGUUAAGAUUUGACAAGUAUAUUAAUGCAAUUCAACCAUUGAAAACGUCAUCCAGGUUUCAAAUUUCGGAGGAAAAUCAAUAUUAAGAUUAAUUAUUAUCUUCAAAGAAUUAGUUUGUGAAAUACAGAUUAGAAAUAGCUUAAUAGAUAAUUGUAUAUGCUUUGUAAUUAAAAUAUAUUAUAUUAACACGAAAA